AUGCCGCGACCAAUUCAACGGAAUCGCGAUGGGAAACGACCUAAAUGUUCCCCCUGCCAACGAAGUUCCCGCAACUGUCACUGGAUCCAUGAAACCGGCACAGCUGCUUCACCAAGUCCUGUGCAUCAAGUGGGUCCUUUGAGCUCAACUGUCCAUGAAACCGAGUAUCCUUCGACGCAAGAUCCUGAACAUGCCCUGCAAGAUCUACAGGUUGCGAGGUUGUUCCGCCACUAUAUAGAAGAACUAGCUGCGUGGUAUGAUCUGAACGACAGCAAGCGCCAUUUCAAAGAUGUCGUUCCGAUUCGAGCGCGAUAUAAUCCGCUAUUACUCAGUGCUAUCCUCGCUUUUGCUGCUGCUAAUCAACACCGCACUCUCGGAGACCACGUCUAUCUGGACAUCGCAGAGUUUUAUCACUAUGAUAGUGUUCGAAGACUGAUAUCUCUGACUGACAACCUGGAUCAGCUUCCCAUUGGAGAGACCCUGGCGGCUAUUUGUCUACUCCGUUCUUAUGAAAUCAUAACGCAAAAUGUCAGCUCUCAAAGUCAUCUGCAAGGAUGCUAUUCUCUUUUGGCCAGCCGGAAAAUCUAUCUCACAGCAGACCUACUCAGUGCUGGCUACUGGAACUAUCUGCGCGAAGAUAUCACCGUAGCCCUCAUCGAGCAGCGCAGUCUCAUGAUCACUCUUUCGGGUCAAAACGCUCCUCCAGAACCAACCGACGACCUGGACUUUGCUAACUCUAUCACUUUUCUUCUGGGAAAAAUUAUCAACCGGUGUUUAUCUAUUGAUUCUCCGGCCUUGGGCCUCCUGGAGUGGGAAGCCAUGAAGACCGAUCUCGACAACUGGAAAUCCUCUCUUCCUCCAUCGUUCGAGGUUAUAGAAACCUCGGGGCUAAGAAUGCAGAGUAGCUUCCCAUCUAUAUGGACACUGCGAAGCUGGCAUGUAUCUACCCUCCAUUACUACCACACCGCCAUGGGCAUUCUUUGGCUAGCCAAGCCGGCAGCUCAACCCUUAAAUGCAUUACAACGCAUAGACGAUGUCGAAAGCCUGCGUGGAAAACUGGAAUAUCAUGCAACUGAAAUCUGUGCUUUGGCCUUUUCAAGCGAGUCUGCUCCUGUGUGGGUCAAUGCUUUCGGUCCGAUAGCAUUUUGUGGUCCCUGGCUCCGAGAUACCCGAAAGCAAAUGGAAAUAGCAGAUGAGUUAAAAAAAUGGGGGAAAGUUACAGGGUGGCCGGUUGCACUCAUUGCAGCCGAACUGUCUCCGCCUUCAGCCACUGGCCGAUAG